AUGAACGAGAGUAGAGUACCCUGUUUGUUUGUUGAAUCCAAUUGUCUUAGCAAACACGAAAAUCGUGGUGAAUUUGAUGGUCAAGAUGAUCCCCUCGGGGAGGAAUACUGCGGUGUACUGCAAGGCAGUGCCAAAUCGGAGAAAACCUUUACCAAUCCCUUUCCCAAGGUCGCCGGGGCGGAGUUGAUUGGCCGGAGGGGCGACAUCGACGUUCAGCGCUGGGGUUUGGGGAAGCAGUUGCGUGGGGUGGGUAAGGAGGGAUUUUCGGGAGAUUUUUUGGGUCUGUUGGGCGAGAUUAGCGGGUGUCGGUUCCGAUUCUGGGAAAACAAAUCGAAGCCCCAACAUAAGUCUCCUAGUCCAAAUACUCUUCUAACUAAAAGAUGGAGCAGGGGUGUUUCCCUCUCCCUGGGUAACUCGGACUCUUUCCCAUUUAAAUUGCCUUCAUCCCCCGCUGUAACUCUUCUGUGUAAUACUCGUUGCCUUGGAUUUUCUGGAGAAGCAAGGAGAGGAGCUGCGGUGCGUUCUGAGCCAACAACGAGGUACUGGGCUUCUCCCCCAAUCUGUAGAAAGCUUAAAGAAGAAGGAAAAGAAAUGGCGAAGGGAAAUCCGCAGCUCAGCACAGCUGUGUUUCUUCCUAUUUAUAUUCAAACAUAA